AAGGAGAAACCUCUUGUUUUUAGUAGGAGGCCCAAAUAUUUAUUAAACAGCAAGAUACUGACACGUAAGACGCACACGUGUUUAAUUGAAAGAAAGAAAAAGAAAAUCUCAGUAUGAAUCUACUGGCAAGGUUUCCGCUGCCUCCGGUGAUUAUAAAUCGGCAAAACAGAAUUCCCGUUCCGAGAGCUAAGUCCAUCGAGUCAUCGUCGCUCAUGGAUCAGCCCAAGAAGGUCAUUGUCUGCGGCGGCGGAGUCAUAGGUGUUUGCACUGCUUACUUUCUAGCUGAGAAGGGAGCCGCCGUCACGCUCAUCGAGAUGUCCGACGUGGCAUGCGCCGCUUCUGGAAAAGCCGGCGGAUUCCUCGCCUACGACUGGUGCGACGGAGGACCGUUGGAGGAGCUAGCCCACGUGAGCUUCAAUCUCCACCGUUCACUCUCGGAAAAACUUGACGGUCCUCGAUCUUACGGUUACAGAGCCCUAACUACUCUGAGCCUCACCGUAAAGGAAUCCGAGCGCGCUUCUGCUUCGAGGUUCCUGCCCUCUUGGAUCGACGGGCCAGCUCGUAGUCCCAAAACGAUUGGAAACCCCGAAACGACGGCGCAGGUGCACCCGCAGCUUUUCACCCGCACGGUCAUCGAUAGAGCCGUGGAGAUGUAUGGGGUGAAGGUGGAGAUUGCGAAAUUGGAACGGGUGGAGGUGGAAGAAGGACGUGUUGGAUCAGUUGUGCUGGAAGGAGGACGAGAGUUGGAAGCGGACGCUGUAGUGUUGGCAGUGGGCCCGUGGUCCAGUAAGUUAGGUUUGAUAUCAUCGUUGUUUAGAGUUUAUGGGCUUAAGGCCCAUAGCAUUGUUUUGGAGCCCAGAGACGGCAGUUCCAUAACCCCCCAUGCUCUCUUUCUGAGUUAUCAUUCCUCCUCCGGAGGAGGAGCUCUUGACCCUGAAGUCUACCCUCGCCCAACAGGUAAAUGCGAAUAUAUAUAUAUA